CUUUUAUUGUCUUCUGACGGCAUAUUCUCUGUGGAACUGCAACUCGGUGCGAUUUUAUUAUUUAAUACGGAAAGCAAGUGAUCUUUCUAAGAAGUUGUGGUGACUUUAAGAGCCGGUGUGGAUGUGUAGCAGCCCAGAUGUGCUCAGACUGGAUCCAGAGGACACACGUCCCGUAUUAAAGCCCUGCGAUACCCGGGAGCUCACAGACAGAGCAGGAGGACGGAAAACAGACACCAACAUGAAGAAGGGUACAUCUGUGAAGAAGUUCAUGUUCCUCUGCGUGUAGAUCCAUCACUGUAGACUCUGUGUGUGUGUGUGUUACUGACUCCUGUCCUGGAUCCACAUCGCCUCCAUGGUGAAACAAAGACUGUAGACUCAGGGUUUGAUGGAGAGCUGGUCGAAUGACAGCGGGAACUGUCGUCAUAACUGGAGGAAUACUUGCAACAGUGAUACUGCUGUGUAUCAUUGUAGUGCUCUGCUACUGCCGACUCCAGUAUUACUGCUGUAAGCAGAAUGGAUCUGACCCAGACUCCCCUUCAUACUCUGAGGCCCAGUUCUCCUGUGAUAUCUGCAGACCUCCAGGCAUGGAUGGGUCCAGCAACUCUCCCCUGUCUGUAUCUCCUGAAGUGGCCCACAACUCUUGCCCCACCUGCUCCUCCUUCUACAGCAACUCGUUCUACCUCCGUAACAGGGACGAGAUGCGCAACGGGGCCGAGCGCAUUGCCUGCAUGCUGCCCUCCACACAUGGCACCUCGCUGAGUUCACACACCUUCCCUGAUUUCUACUGCAACACACAUGCUAUCAGCACUGACGUCUGAGCAGUGGUGAAUGACAUGAGGUGAGCUGUUCCAAAUAACCACUGUGGCACAUGGGAUUCUGAGAUACCAGGAAAGUGUACCUGAAAGAGUAUUGGUAUCGGAUUUGACUGGGGUUUUUUUUUAUUUUUAUUUUUUUUAAAUAUUGAAAUUCACUCGGUCAAG